AUCAAUAAUGUUUCUGAUAGUUUAACAUAUCAUACGUCUACCUGGAACUUGGUUUGUCUUUAGAUUCAAUUUGGAAAUUAUCUGUUUAUCAUGGCAGGGAAGACACAUGCUUCCUUUUUGGUCUUUUGUACAAUCAUUUUGAUUUUUUCUUCACUGAAUGAAUGUAGAUCUUUACCCGGCUACAAGUUCCCGGUCUAUACAACUGACCUUUGUCCUCAAAACCAGGUGGAGUGGAGUAAACGGUCGUCUUUUCUCAAUUGCAAUGAAAGUAGCUACAUGUGUCUUCCAAAUGAACAUUUCACAGAGCUACUGGAGUUCUGCUACAACGCAAAUAGAGUACACAUUACUCCAAGUACAUGCAUGUAUUUGAACGGUGGGAAUUCAGUGUUGAAUGGCUACAACUGCUCCAGAUUCAAACACGGAUGUCCGAAUUCGUCUUAUUUCACCGAUGAAGUAUAUAAAUAUCAGAGUUGUUUGUCAAUUGGAAAGGGGUAUUUUUUGGCUGAACGACCUUGUUACAGUAACUCAUCAGCGGAUUCCGACACUAAUGCGAAUACUAAAGAGAGGUGUAAACAACACUACAACACAUUAUCUGAAGAACGGAGUGACGUUGUCUGGAUAGUAGCUGUAACACUACUGUGUGUAAUGACAGCUAUCUGUGCCAUAUUUCAUUGGAUAAGAAAACCACGCAUCCGUUUAGCAUCUACAUUGAAAGUAAAUGGCAGAGAUAGAAGUAACGUUACAUUGAAUCAAGAUGAGACUACAACUUUUAUAGCGAAAGCAGAUCAAAAUAACGAUGCAGUAAAUACAGCCGAUAAACCACUGCAAACCAAUGUAACAGAAGAAUGUUAUCACACAGAUAAAAGAAGAGUAUCGGGUAAAGAUACUAGCAGUACAAUCACUUCAAUAGAUAGCGGCAUAAGCAUCUACAAAGGAUUAAGCCCGCUUCAUAUAGCUUGUGCGAGAGGGCACUAUGACACUGUACGUCAAUUAAUAAAAAAGAAUGCUGAUAUCAAUGCCUGUGAUAGCGAUGGCAAAAGUUCCCUGUAUUUGGCGUGUGAAUAUGGACAUGUCAGUGUUGUUGAACUUUUAUUGAGUGGCGACACGGAUGUCAAUCUUUGUGACAUUGACGGUGCCAGUCCAUUAUUUAUAGCCAGUCAGCAUGGACAUGACGUCAUAGUGAAUUUGUUAAUAAAUCAUGGCGCCGAUGUUAAUAAUAAAACUAAGAAUUUCAAAGAAUAGAGUGUCAUAUGUUACACAGUGGUCUUUUUGUGGGUGAAACAUGUGUUUAUUAACGAAUUUUUACUAUUUUUUUAAAGUAUAAAUGUAAAAUAUUUAAAUAAAUGCCAAUACAAUAAAACACGUGGAAAAAUUAAAUAUCGUGUCGUGUAUUAUGUGAUUUAUUACAUAUAUCUAUUUCCUUCAUAACAUCGAAUAUGCCUGAAAGUCGUCAAUAUUGUUUUUUUUUUUAUAUUUAGAGAAAAAACUGUUCAAUUUAGAUUAAAUGAACACGUUAAUAUUCACUAUGCAUUUUACAAAUAUGAAAAUGUUUUGUUUAAUAAUAGUGUAUGAUAAUGCCUGCAUUUUUUUAAAUUCCAAACUCGGUUUCAAGGUGUCAUUGUUUUUUAUUUGUUUCUGUUGUUGU